GUUUCUGUCAUUUUCAUGGCGGAGAAGGAGAACAUUUGCAAACCGAAACCCUAAAAUUCGAAAUUACGGAAGAGAGCAAGACGGAAAAAUGGAGGAGUCGAAGCAGCAGAAACUUUUUGUUCCAACGCAGCAGCAGCAGCAACAACAAAUGCAGCAGCGUCAACAACAGCUCCUCCUGAUGCAGCAUCUGCAGAAACAGCAGCAACAGGCGGCGAUGUCGAGGUUUCCGUCGAAUAUCGACGCUCAUCUUCGCACGCCUGGAUUAAUCCAGAGCCGACCCGUUAAUCCGUCGCUUCAGAACGCAAACCCUAACCCUAUCUCUGGCCCUAAUUUGAUUCCACACGCCAAUCACUUCCAGCAACAGCAGCAGAACGCGCCGAGUCCGCAGAUGAUGAUGAUGAUGCAGCAGCAACAACAACAACAACAGAAAUCGAUGGUAGUGAUGCAGCAACAGCAGAACUCGAUGCGUCCGGUGAACCAAUCGGAGUUACAGUUCGCUUACCAAGACGCUUGGCGUGUCUGCCAUCCGGAUUUCAAGCGACCUUUCGCUUCUCUCGAAGACGCUUGUGAAAGAUUGUUACCUUAUCACGUCGUAGCAGAUUACGAAGCAGAGGAAGACGACAGAAUCCUCGAUUCAGACACAACAAGCCAGACGCUACCCCGGAGUCAGCAAUGGGACAACAACAUUGCCGCCAAAGUCGCGGAAUUUACGGCGACAUUCGAGAAGCAAGCCCAAGCUUUCAACAUCAUAACUCAAAAGAGAAGGGUUGGGGAAUUGAGAUCUGAGGAAAAGCUGAUGGUUGAGCAAGCUUUGCUCCAAGACGAGAGAAAAGCAUGCAUCGAUGUGAAAUCGGAGUUGGAUAGAGAGAUGAAGGCUCAGGAGGCAAGGUUAAGAAUGGCGGCUCUGGCGCAAGCAGGACAAGUGAAGGCAGAGUCGCACCAAUCUCAUACCGAGAUGAUGGCUAGAAACCCUCUGAGAGCUAACGCGAUUGGGAAUCAUGGAGAACAAGGACGUAACAUGAACCCUGAUGAGGUGAUGAUGAUGAUGAUGCAUGGAUGGGGGAAUCAUCAUCAUCAUAAUAAUAAUACUAAUAGUCAGAGAGAGGAGAAGGAACCAGUGGAAGAUUUCUUGAAUGAUGAAGAAAACGAAAAUGGAGAAGCUGGUGAACAUGGGAACUGGCGAGGAAAUGGGGAAUUUGAUUUGAAUACUCGGUAAAUGGAACAAAGUGAUUAUAUUUUUGUCUUCUUCUUCUUUUUUUCGGUGAUCCAAAUAGUUGUAGUUAAAACUUGAAAGGUAGUGAGAGAGAUAAGGUGUUCUUCUGGACUUUCGUUACAGUGAAAGAAAAUGACGCUGAUGGAGUAACUUCAACUACGUGCCGUUUUCUUUAAUUUAGCUGUGUCUCGACUAUCGGCGCGUGAGUGUGAUGCCACUACUAGUGCGCGUAUGGGUUCCGUUAACUGGGUUGACUAGUUGAGUGAACCUAGAUAUUUCAAGUAAUAAAUAAUAACUGAAAA